AUGGAAGAGGUAAAGGAAGAUGUCCCUCUACGUGGACAAACCCGACACGAUGCAAAACGAGCGCUUCAUAUUAAAGCAAAAGAUCUGGCACCAAACGGCAUCUACAAAUUGGUGCUGAGAGUCAAACACAGAUGGGGUACGCACAUGUCUUAUGCGGUCUUCAAAGCAGACUCGGCCGGAGAAAUAGACGUUCCGACGGCGAAACCCUUGAGAGGUUCAUAUAGCGAGGCUGACCCAAUGGGAUUGUUCAUGAGUGUCGAACCGUGUGAAGAUUUUCCAUUUGGCGCUUACUUGCGACACACUCCACCUGUACCAUUUAUCUAUAAUCUAAUUUUAUUGGACUGCAGUAACCGUGAACUAGCAAGGUUACCGAUCAGGAAACAUUUCAUGCAUCCGAAAUUAGAACGAACCGAAAUUGAAGAAGAUGGCUUCUGCGGGACUUUAUUCAAGCCACCAGGUGAUGGUCCCUUCCCGGCAGUUAUUGAUAUCUCUGGUACAGGUGGAGGUAUUCACGAGCACAAGGUACACAUAUCUAGCGGAACACAGCUUUUCUGGAAGAAAUUCCAGUGA